GUGUAAUAGAUAACGACAAUUAUAAAUACACCUAAAAUGUGUAAUUAUUCAGUCUUACAAGUUUAUUUGUAGUAUUAUUAGUGUAUUUUUAGUGAAAAAUGGAAAGCGAACGAAUAAAAGACCUAAAUAAUUUAUUGAAACCAGCACUUGGAGAAAAUGUUGAAAUAGUGGACAAGACUAUAACAAAUCUCACUCAGCCAGGUGAGAAUUACUUUAGUGACAUGCUCAGAUUGCAAGUAACAACUAGGAAUAAGGACACCAAUGCUACAAAAACUGAACAUUUCGUAGCGAAAUGUUGUAUAGUAGACGAAAGUUUGCCAAAAGAAUUCUCUAUGGCGAGUCGCCACAUGUUUAAACCAGAAAUUACCUUCUAUAAUGAAAUAAUACCGACAAUGCAAAAGUUUGCAAAAGAACAUGGUCUGAAGAAAGUCGAUUUUUUUGCAAAAUUGAUUGCUGCUAGAUAUAAUCUUGAUGGUAAAGAAGAGCCUGACCAGAAUGCAAUUCUGCUUUUGGAAAAUCUUCAAGUGGCAGGAUACAGCAAUGAAGACAGACAUAAAGGAUUCGACUUUGAUGGUGCAAAAUUACUAUUAACUGACCUGGCCACCUUCCACGCAAUUCCUUUGGCAAUCAAACUAAAAGACCCAGAUUUGUUCAAAAAGGUAUUCCUCGACAACUGCCCAGGCCCACCAACUUUUAUGGACAAAUCCAAUGAUAAAGGUCCUGGGCAUGGGCCUGGACAUGGACCAGGCCAUGGGCCUGGGAAUGGGCCUGAAGAUCAUGGUCCACCAAUGGUACCAAGAAUUCUACUGAAACAAAUACUAAAAGGAGAUAAUUUUUGUAGAAAAUAUGUAGAUAAGUUGGAUGCUAUACUGGAUGCUGACGAGGAAAAAUUUAAAAAAGGAAAUAUGUUUGAUAAACCUGAUCCUAACAAAACGGUCUUUUCUGGAGUCGUACAUAAAGACAUGUGGUUAAAUAAUACGAUGCAAAAGAAGAACGAAGAUGGAAAGAUGAUAAAAAAUAAAUUCGUGGACUUCCAAGUGUACUCGGUGCAAGAUAUUACAUUAGAUCUAUUCUUCUUUCUUAUUACUAGUGUGGAAGUAGUGGUAUUAGAAGAACAUUUUGAUUAUCUUUUAAUGUUCUACCAUGAACAUUUCAUUAAAGCUUUAGAAUCCUUGAAAUGUGACGUGGCUCCAUUCACAUACACAGAAUUUAUAAAAAAUCUAAAGCAAAACGCUACUUUAGAAUUUCAGCAUAUAAUUUUGAUGACUACUACUGUAAUAUUUGGCAAAAAAGGAGAAAAAACUGAUUUUUAUCAGAUGAAAAAUGUAACAGUUAAUACCAUACAUCCUAUUGCUAGAAGGAAAUUUGUGUUUUUAUUCAAAACAUUGGUUCAAAAAGAGUGGAUUUAAUCAGAUACCUAGUUAUUUUUAUUAUUUAUUGUUCAAUAAACAUUUUUAUACUGUA